AUGAUCGGCUCUACGUGGCAGUACCGUGCUUCAGUGAAACGGUUGGCGCUACUGCAUCCGGCUGGAGAACCUGGGCGACCUGGCAGUGCAGCUACGGGAACGCCACUGGCGCAUCUUCAGCCUACGGGAACCCUGGAGACCGUCCGUGGUCGGGGCGUCGUAGGGCAGGAGCCAAUCCUAUCAAAGUCACAACCAGCAUUUCAGUACAGCAGUCAUGUGAGCCUGCAAGCGCCGAGUGGACACAUGUGGGGCACGUUUCGGAUGGAACGAGAGGACGGCUUCACGUUCGACUGUCGGAUCCCUCCAUUCUCGCUAGAAAGCAAGCAGGAGCAGAGCCCACAGCCUGCAGCCGUCUAGUCACUCGGCAUCACCGUACCCCACUGACCGUACCGAGCCCCGUUGCUGUUCCCCGCCACGCAUACACACGAAGCAAACCUGCUCAACGUAAUGCCUCGAACCGAAGCCAUACAAAAUGAGCAGUUCAGCUUCCUCCCGAGCUGAUCUCAAAGACGGCUAGCAAAUUGAGGGUUUGAGGAGGGCUUCGUGCAUAGCUCUUGCACGAAGCACUAAUGCAGGGUCUGCUUUGUGCACGAACAAACGUGUGGCUCGACCCUGCAACACCCGUGAAAAUUGCCCUCUGAGCAGUGCGCGGUGGACUUCCAGAAGACUGCGUGAUGUUUCAUUCAGUAGUGGGAAUCGCUCUGGACAGGGCCGGACUGUUGUACACCAGAUGGACUGUUUAAUGUAGAGUUGGACUGCUCGCCAGUUCUUGCUGCUUUCGUAGCCGUUUUAUUUUGUUCGAAAUUUGGCGUCCGAUUUUUUUUUUAGGAAUGAAGGAUCUUGUUUUUCUUCAGACAAGGAGGCUAUUCUUGCCUCGCUUGCAUGUGUUGGUUGUUACGAAAAAAGAAU